UGGCCCCAUCCGCCCCUGUACCAGGAUGAAUCCCGCGCAGGGGUCACAGCCCCGAGACGCCAACCAGCGCCAUCCGAAGGAGGAGACGGACACGGAGGGCGAGGAGCCGCCGCAGCCCAAAGACAUGACGACGGAGAAGGGACCCAAGCUGCAGCGGAGCAGCCUCCCGUUCAGCGUCGAGUCGCUGAUUUCCAAGAAGAACACCUGUCGGACUUCUGGCUCUGCCUGUGAUUCGGCCGCGCUGCUGCCGAAGCCGGCCGCCGCGCAGGGCGCGCGCUUCUCUCCAAGGACUUUUUACGCGGAGAGGAGAGUUUCCGCGGAGGGUUCCCAGGGAGUUUCCAGAGGUUCCUGCGAGGACAGUCCGCAGUUUUGUGAGAAAGAGCAGAGCACUUGGUUCCAGGCUUCCUCCUUUUCUUCACCUCCUCGGAGCUCCAGUCCCACUCCGUGUACUUUAAGGAAACACAAAAACAACAGGAAACCUCGCACACCCUUCACUACCUCCCAGCUGCUGGCCCUGGAGCGCAAGUUCCGCCAGAAGCAGUACCUCUCCAUCGCCGAGAGAGCCGAGUUCUCCAACUCCCUAAACCUGACGGAGACCCAGGUCAAGAUCUGGUUCCAGAACAGGAGAGCCAAAGCCAAGAGACUGCAGGAGGCCGAGCUGGAAAAGUUUAAGCUGGCCUCCAAGCCCGUCCUGCCCGCCUUCGCGCUGCCUUUCCCCCUCGGAGCGCACAUGAGCUCUCCGUCUUGGGGCGCGUCAAAUACCUUUCCGAGGCCCACUCUGCCGGUCCCGGGACUCUUCAGUGGACCCGUCACCUAUGGGAUGUACUAUUUGUCUUAGUAUUUAUGGUGAGUGGAGGGUGAUGGCUACAACUCUGUGAAGAUUUUGUAAUAAAAAUAUAUUUUUUCUUUAAAUUCUAAGAGCGGUUAUGGGUGAUGUGGUGUGCGCGCAUCCAUCACUUGGGGAUUCUCAGUCCUUGUUCCACAAAAGUUCAAAAAUAAGUUUGCCUCGGACUCAGAAAGGAAACCCACUGAGCUCCGUGUCAGUUUGUGAAAUGAACAUUUUUAAUGAGUCCGGACCUGAAGGAAAUAACCCAAACUGUGACGCAGGAAGAAAACGCAACACAAAAAGUACUUAAAAGAGUGUCAAUGCCUCAAGACCACGUCUUCAUUAUCACUUGAAGUAUUUUAUUUCCUACUCAGAUUUGACUCUUUUCUAUCAUCCUCUUGUGAAACUGCAGCUUUCCAGAACUGCUGCUGAUAAUAUUUUUUCUAGAUUUCUGACACAAAUUCUAUAUUUUUUGUUCAAAAAAAAAACAGGACCAAAUUAUAUUUUAGAUGAAUGCAUUUAUUAGUUUUUUAACUCUCACAAUGUGGCCUUUAUGAGACUGUUACCAUAGAUGUUCUCUUUGGAGAAUAUUGCUGUAAAUGUAAAUGAAAUUUGUUUAGUUCUCACAAACCCUGCAGCCUUCCUUGAGGAGCAGGGAGAGUUGUAUUUAUUGAAUGUCUCUGUAUCUGUACUGUGUACACACAUCAGUCUAUCUAUGUAAAAACAGAACAAAAAAAAUCUUGAUUUAGUAAAUAAACAUUUUACAUGAAA